AAGCUUAAUAUUCUGACCUAUAAGAAUCUCUAUUUUAUUUUUUUAAUUGAUAAGAUAAUAGACUGUCUCUGGAAUAUAAAAAUAUUCAUAAAAUUUAAUACUUAUAAAGACUUUUAUUAUAUAUGUAUAAAUCCUGAAUUUGAAAAUUUAAGUAUUUUUUAA